CUUUCCUCGCUGUAUGGGAGACACAACUCUCGGAUCAAAUCGCGAGACUUCCUUUUCUCUCUCCUCUUUGCGUCAUCCUCCAAGAUGCCUGCCAGAACAAGCAAGACCCGAAAGCUCAGGGGGCAUGUCAGCCACGGCCAUGGGCGUGUUGGCAAGCACAGAAAGCAUCCUGGAGGUCGUGGUAAUGCUGGUGGUAUGCAUCACCACAGAAUCAACUUUGACAAAUACCACCCAGGGUACUUUGGUAAGGUUGGUAUGAGACACUACCACUUGAAGAAGAAUACAUACUUCUGCCCUACAAUCAACUUGGACAAGCUGUGGACGCUGGUCAGUGAGCAGACCAGAGUCAACUACUCCAAGAAACCAGACGGUCCAGCUCCCAUUAUUGAUGUUGUACGCGCUGGCUUCUUCAAAGUCUUGGGCAAAGGCAAACUGCCUAAGCAGCCUGUCAUUGUGAAGGCCAAAUUCUUCAGCAGAAAGGCUGAAGAGAAAAUUAAGGGAGUUGGCGGAGCUUGUGUAUUGAUGGCAUAAAGGUUUCAUUCCAUCAUGUGAAAAUAAAACUGUUCUGUAAAA